AUGGCGACCUGGUCCGACAUUCCGUUUGACAUCAUGGAAAAUGUGCUUGCCAUCCUCUCCUUAUCCGGGGUAUCUGUGGCCCAGAAGGACCAACACAGACAACUCCAAGACCUCAUCAACGUAUCAGCGGUUUGUAGAACCUGGCGCGCGCACACCAUCAACGCAAAAUCUGCAUGGGCUAACGUCGCUGGUGCUCACAAAGUAUCUCCGACCAUAUCCUCCGCAAUCCUAACCCGAUCUGGUGACUAUCCCCUCGUUAUCAGCUCCGUGAUUCCUGCCAACUUCGGGAUCUCCUCUCUGACUGGACACCACUGGGACGCUAUCCGUGCCAAUUUCCAUCGUGUUCGAGGCUUUGUUGCAGAGUUUGAAGGGAAACCCGAUAUCCCGCCUUUACUGGCGACUUUGAGUCUCCCAGCACCUUCGCUUGUGGGCCUUUUCCUCACGAGCAAAACCUACGCUCGCAUCGACGUCCCAGCUCUCCUCGCCAAUUCCGCCCCAGCCUUGCGCUUCGUCUGCAUCCGCAACUUGGAUGUCGUCAACACCGUGGCUCCCGCGCUGCAAAAUGUAGUCGGAAUUCACUAUGACAUUCCCCAAAUUGACGACGAGGAUCUGCAGGGCGAGACUUGUAUCGGACUUCUGCGAAAUACACCCUUGGCUGAGAAUAUCCAAAUUGGACAAUUCAGAUUCCCUUCCCGCUACUACGACGAUGAUGUGGGAUGCUAUGCCCCAUACGAAGCAGUCCCUCCCAUCCCCUUGCCCAGAGCUAGGCAGGUUCACAUAACAGGCGACCUCCUCGGCGUCACGGCUGCACUCACCCGCCUCGAUCUCCCCCAAUCCUGCAAGUACCACUUUGACUUUAUCGUCGACGAGAACCCGCGUACCGGACAUGUCACCAAUGCCGGAUACGAAACCUUCAGCCGACUCGACCGCAUCUGGGCUGGUAAGAGGUACCCCGUCCUCCAGGUGUUCCUUUGCCAGGGCUACAUUUACCUUCAGACCUGGGCUAACCCCGGAAACUUCGGAAAUCUACUGAAGAUGGAGAUGAGCCGCUUUGAGUUCCCUGACAUGCCAUUCAUCGAGCCAAACGGACUCUACGAGUUCUUCGUAUUCCUCGCCUACCUCGCUCGACAACCCAACUUCCAGGAAAUGGCUGCCAGAGUCCGCCAGCUCGACGUGAACAUCCAGCUCAACCUCGAAGACAUCGACAUAUUCUUCCAAGAGGCCUGUGGAUACUUGCAGGAGUUUUUCGCAGUCUUCAGCGGGGUGGUCCACAUCAGAGCUGUAGGGAACGCUCUCCCCUUCCUCACCGACUAUCGACAUUUGAUGCGGACCAGCGUCCCUGGCGCUUAUCAACCGCCUUUCCCAAUUCUGCAGCGGCUGGACGUCAUUAACGUCGAUCCCAAAUUGGUUCCCGCAGCGAGGCAAGGUCUGCAAGAACUCCUGGUACUACGCCAAAGUGUUAUCCCCAAUUGCCCUCCCCUGCAGAUCUGCUGA